CUCCGGGUCCCUGCGCCCCCGGAGAGCCCCUGUCGGCUCCAGGUCGUGCUUCCCAGGGGGCUAAAGGUGCCGGCGCCCCCUCCAGGGCCCCCUCUGGGGAUCUGCCCCCUUUCCCCCUCACGCAGACACCUAAGCCGGGCGCCCCAUGCUCCGGGCCCCGGUCCGUGCCGGGAAGGAGGACUCGCUUCCCAGGCCAGAGCAGGUGCCCGUGCCCUCACACGCGGAGUCGGGGGAGGUGGCCGGGGAGCCCCGCCCAGAUGCCGGGCCCGGCGCCGGGGCCCGGCUAGGGCGCGGGCGCUCGGUAACCCGGAAGUGGCGGUGGCGGCGGCGGGCGUGCGGGAGCGGGGGCCGGGGGGCGGUGCGCUCGAGCCGGCAUGGCCGCCGCCGCCCGCUUUGUGUGCCGCGCGCGGGCCCCGGCCGCCCGCGCCUCGCCCGGCCCGCGGGGCCGCCGCUGACCCGCCCCGACUCUAAGCUCGGCGCCCGCCGGGCCGGCCCCGCCUCUCUCCUCCUGCACUUCCCCUCCCCUCCUCCUCCUGCCGCCGGGCGGGCGGGCAGCAGCCGCCCUCCGUGCUCUGCUCGCGCGCUCCUCGCCGCGCGCCCGUCCGCCCUCGCACCCGAGCCAGCCUGCCUGCCUGCCUGCCGUACCGGCGGCGGCGGGCUCGAGGCCGCCCCGAUGCCCGAGCCAGGCCCCAGGAUGAACGGCUUCUCGCUGGGCGAGCUGUGCUGGCUCUUCUGCUGCCCGCCCUGCCCGAGCCGCAUCGCCGCCAAGCUGGCCUUCCUGCCGCCCGAGCCCACCUACACGGUGCUGGCGCCCGAGCAGCGCGGCCCCGGCGCCCCCGCCCCGGCCUCGGCCGCCGCCGCCGCCACCGCCGCGGCCCAGCCGGCGCCGCAGCAGCCCGAGGAGGGCGCGGGCUCGGGGCCCGGCGCGUGCAGCCUUCACCUGAGCGAGCGCGCCGACUGGCAGUACUCGCAGCGCGAGCUGGACGCCGUCGAGGUCUUCUUCUCGCGCACGGCCCGGGACAACCGGCUCGGCUGCAUGUUCGUGCGCUGCGCGCCCUCCAGCCGCUACACGCUGCUCUUCUCGCACGGCAACGCCGUGGACCUCGGCCAGAUGUGCAGCUUCUACAUCGGCCUCGGCUCGCGCAUCAACUGCAACAUCUUCUCCUACGACUACUCGGGCUACGGCGUCAGCUCGGGCAAGCCCUCCGAGAAGAACCUCUACGCCGACAUCGACGCCGCGUGGCAGGCGCUGCGCACCCGGUAUGGCGUAAGCCCCGAGAACAUCAUCCUGUAUGGUCAGAGCAUCGGGACUGUCCCCACGGUAGACCUGGCCUCCAGGUACGAAUGUGCAGCCGUAAUUCUCCAUUCGCCUCUGAUGUCUGGAUUGCGCGUGGCUUUUCCCGAUACCAGGAAAACGUACUGCUUUGAUGCUUUCCCCAGCAUUGACAAGAUAUCUAAAGUUACCUCUCCCGUGUUGGUCAUUCAUGGUACAGAGGACGAGGUCAUCGAUUUCUCCCAUGGCCUGGCCAUGUACGAGCGCUGUCCUCGGGCCGUGGAGCCCCUCUGGGUCGAAGGGGCUGGCCAUAAUGACAUAGAGCUUUAUGCACAAUACCUAGAAAGGCUAAAACAGUUCAUAUCUCAUGAACUUCCUAAUUCCUGAAGAAGAUGACUUGAUUUUACCUCAUCUACUGUGAACACAAGAAUCCUCGGUUUUGCACAUGCUUUAACUGGAUAGCUGUCAUGGCGGGAUAACCACGAGGAAGUGCCCAGCUUUUCAGGCGUCCUACUCAAAGAGCUGAGGGCAUCUUGGUCUUUCAUAUCCAGAGGUUCUACUAACUCACACAUCAUGUUAAGCUGAACAGUUGUGAUUCCCAGCUUCAUCGCCUUGCAGAAUGGGAAUGAGAGCUGAGUGGGGGGACCAUUUUCUCUUGCUAUAAAAGAUGCUCACACCCCUUUCUCUUCCUUACCCACCACGUAGGAUUCAUUUAUGCAGGGCUCAGCCUCUCUCCACCCGUGUUCUCAGUAUGUGACCUGCAGCUCUCUUUCAGCCACUAGAUUCAUGGGUCCAAUCCAUUUGUGAAGCUGUGAUAGUGUAACUGGAAACCAUCGUGAUGAAAAUUCCUUUGUUAAUUUUUGUUAACACUCCUAUCUUUCCCCCAAACAAAUCAAUUAAAGGGUAAUUUACUGGAACUAUCAUGAACGGCUUCAUCAACUGGAACCAUAUAAAUAUAACUGGAAUAUUCUUAAAAGGAAACUGGGGUUUUUUUUAAGUGUAAAUUUAUUACUAGUCCACAGAGUUUUAAUAUUUUGAUCGUCUGGUUGGUCUAACAAAGAACCUAGGCGACUUUCCUUCUGUAAAGUCCUCCUUGUAGGCUUUUUUAAAGUACUGUACAUAUUUGCAAUUACAUUGUGCAUAGAUUCUUAAUGGAUAGUUUUCUUUUGUCAGGCUACAACAAUGAACUGCAGAUUCCUUGUUUGUAAUGUAAAUGAAUACAUUUUGUUAAUACGUUUUUAUUCCUAUGUUUUGCUAUUAAAAAAUUUUAUAACAUUUCCAAGACAAAAAGUUACAAGUUUAUGCUUUGAAAAAUUUAUGUAAUUAAAAUUUCACUAAACUAAUCUUUUUAGUUUAGGAGUUAUUUGGGUUUUGACACUGGAGUUGCGCCAGUAAGCAUCAGAAGUGUAAGAUGCUUAAAAUUGCUACACUACUUGUGUUGGUUGGGGGUUUGGGUUUGAGGGUUCUUUGGUUUUAUUAAAAAAAAUUUUUUUUUUCCACAUUUAAAAGCCUUAAAUGUACUGUAAGCCUCAGAUUGUUGUACAGCUGGAUUGCGGUUGAUUGCCAGUUUGUGUACUGUUGCUUGGAUGCGACACAGCGGUUGGUCAUGGAAUAAAGGAUGCA